UGCCCUCAUGUCUCCCGGUGGUCGUAGGGUGGAGCUCGGAGCAUUUUGGGACGACCGUCACCGUUCUAGAAUGCCACGUUGCGUGCCGCCAGCCAGCAGGCUGCGGUCAGAGGACAGUGCAUUUCCAGGGAGGCCCCGGGAGCCGCCGGGGCCUGCCCGUACAGGGCACGCGCGUCUGACACUCGGGCUGAUCGCAGAUGAUCCGUCCCCGGGCCUUCGAGGAAAACUGAGUGAAGCUGGAGGUGGUUAGCAGCGAAGGCCAGUGUCAUCCAUGCAGAAAGGUGGACGUGAUUUUGUGGACCGUGGAACCCAAGUGUGAACCUAGUGACCAGGCUUCUCACACCUAUGAGUGAAUGUCGGUGCUUCCCGGUGACAGAGCACAGCUUCACCUGGCACAAUGAUGUGCUGCCGGCGGGGGGACGGCAACCAGAAGUCUCACGUGCCUCCUCAGUGCUAACGUAAUCAGGACACGGUCCCUGCCCACCAGGGUGCGCACGGCUCCUGUUGGGGACAGGCUCUGGGCGCUGGGGUGGGUGAGCCAUCCCAACUCCCCCCGCCCCCCGGCCCGUUCUGGGUGCCGAUGCCACGAGGGUUUAAUUCCGUGUUGCUUUCCGUGCGCUUUGGUGGCGGAGUCCCACAUCCCCGGAUAAACUGUGGGCGCAGGGCUACGUCUGCAGCCCGUCGGAGCCUAUGACGGCCUGAUCUUUGCACUCCAGGUGCAUGUUUAAGGGGACGCCGGUCACCCUGCCUGUCGUAACAGGCUCGCAAACGGCAGGAGGUGAGACGCGGCCCACACAGAUGCUGAGCUCCGCCGCAGGCUCGUUCUCUCGGCGGCGCGAGUGGUUCCCAGGCUCUCAGCAGCCAUGAGCAGCGCGCUCUGUGACUGGGGAAUUCUAAAAUGAAACUAUCGUCCUUCAGAUCGAAUAAAGUCAGCUUUGCAGACACCCCGCUGCAUUGUCCUUGUUCUCAUUCUAUCACGGACCAGGAAAAGCAGCAUCAAAGCUCGGCACGGACGUUUCCUGAACGUCUACGUUUCUGACGUCCACUGACAAGUUCUUAAAGCAUGAACCGAGCCCCUGGUCUCAUGUGACACAGCCACAUGUAGGCUUCGAUGCUGUGCCGCAGCUUCAGCACUGAAUUCACACGGUUACCAAAUGACUUUUCCAGGUGCGGAUUAUGAGAAUCCCCGAAGGCGAGCGUGAACUAGCUACCUUCCCUCCUCGACCUUGUUCUCGUGGCAAUCAGAAAUAUCCCCACGUCCUCUCACGUCCAGCCAAGACAGCGUGUUCCCAUGGGGGCAGAGUGGGAGUCAGAGCAGAGAUCCGGCGAGGUCGCCUCUAAUUUCCACCUGUAGAGAGCCCUUUCUUAAAGGACCAGCUCAGUGGGAGGCGUUCAUUCUUCCAGGUGCUGGUGACAGCAGGGAGCAGAACAGGCCUCGUGCUCCUGGAGAUGACACGCUGGUGACGUCGGGAAGGCACGUGGCUCAGUUUAGAUAGUGAUAACUGCUAGGGAGACGUGAAACGGGAUAGCGUGACCUUGGCGGUUAGAAUAAAACUUGUUACUCCUGGAGUGCGAGGUGAGGACGGACCACAGCAGACUCCAGGAUGGUGUGUCUGGGAGCCGAGGAGACACGUCUGGGCGACUCCACAUAGGAACCACAGUAAUAGCAGCAAACAGUUCUAGGCACAGUUCUAAAUGCUUUACAUCUGUGCUGCCCAGUAUGGUGGCCCCUCGCCACGUGGGGCUAUUGACAUUUUAAUUGAUUCAAAUUAAAUCAAAUGAAAAAUUUGGUUUCUCAGACACACCAGCUACAUUUCAAGUGCUCAGUGUGGCUCGUGGCUACUUUAUUAGCAGAAGAAUAGAACAUUCCAUCAUUGAAGUAAGUGCCAUUGGAUAAACUCAUUUUCAGUCUUCACUACAACCCUAACAAAGCAGGUACAAUUUUCCCAUUUUACAGAAGAAGAGAGUGAGGCACAGGGAGUGGGGUACCCGUGACUUGCCCGACGCUGGACCCAGAGCCUGAGGGUCAAUCCCAGCCCUGCUAUCUCGCUGUAGCUCAUGUGAAUGCAGCUCAUCCAUAUGGUCCACUUUCGACUGGACUGCAGCCGACGGAGAAGGCCGCGCUUCCGCAGAGUCUGGUCACUGGAUGCCUUAAGAGCCAAAGCUUGGAUCUUUUCUGAUGGAAAGUGUAGGCCGCGUUAGCACAGUUUCUCCCUCGAAAAGAGAAGGGAAGAGGGAGCUACCGAGCACCAGGAAAAGACCAAGUCUGUGCGAUCCCAACAAGGCCAACAGGCUAAGCUCUCUGCGCCUCAGUUUCCCAGUGUGUCAAGUCAGGCAGACAGUGUCUACCCCUUUAGGCCGAUGCGAGGAUCUGAUAAGGCACGGAAGGCACUCGGCGUAGCACCUAGCACGCAGCACGCUGGGUCAGUGGCGACCGUGUCAUUGUCACAGCAGCGUUGCUGCUCCAUUCUGUAAUGGCCACACGGAGAUGGAACGUUCCAGAGCACAGUGAACAACCGGAACCGGCACCUCCCAGAGCUGCCUAAGACCUUCUGGUUGCAAACACCACAGGCUGCGAACCCUGACAAGCACUUCGGGAUGGGUGCAGAGGGCCUUGGAAAGAGAUGGGCAUUUCGCGCCUGCAUUUGGCAGUGAUAAACCUAGGCAAGUGUCUUCCUCCUCUGAGCUUUUAGUUCCUUAAAAAAUGGGCAUAAUCGUACCUAUCUUGCAUGAUUGUUUCAAAACUUGAUUAUCUAGGAGCCUGGCACAGACACUUGGUAAUCAUAGGCAUAAUUAACGAUUUUUAUGAAUGAUAUCUAGCUCUUCAUGAUUAAAAGCUGCUUGUGAGUCUUUUCUUGCCCAGAUGCUGUAGACUGACCCAGAGGCUGCGUUAGGGCAGAGCUGGGAGCGACGGGGCAGAUUAUCGUCCCUUGCAGUGGUGACAGGACCCCAAAAAGCAUCGUAUGGCGUGCCUGUCUCUCCUGUUUCACUGAGAUCGAAAGUACUGCACAUGCCCCCCCAACCAGCAAGGAGAGCGUCCGCCCCGUGUGGGCCGAGGUGACCAUCCUGCCAUUACAAAAACUGGGAAGAGAAAUUCCGCAGGCGGCCAGCUGACCAAGACUUCACAGAGUCAGACCGGCCAGAAGGAGCCGGAACACCCACCCUAAGGAUUUGGGGCUUCAAAUGGAAAAUCUGGGCCCUCUAAGCCAAGAUGGCUGCGGUGCCCACAUGGGGUGCAUCGGGUGCUUGUUAUUAAACGCAUCUAAAUAAAAGUGGGCCCUGAGUGUGUCACGAACCAAGGAUUAUAAUGCCGUCGCGAGAGAUCGAGGUCACGGAAGAGGAAAACAGGCAGUGUACAAAUGGAAAACGUGACCGAAGUGCAGAUAAAAACAGUGACCUUUCCCCAGGAAAGGUUAGAAAAUGAAAGCUGAAUUGCAUUCCAGUCUUCGAAAACUCCUGAGUAGAAAAUACAGCUGUUCACAUCGCCCAGCUUCUCUCCCUCAGCUGACCGAUAAUCCGUGGACUACACUCGUCCUAUCUCUCACUGUGCUUUUCUUGGCUUGUUUUCAUUGCUUUCCGCUGGGUAAUGUAUCAAUGGCUCAUUUAUCUAGUAUCCAGAUUUGGUUGCCAGGACAGGCUCUCUCAGACGACACGCGUAGCAUCCGCGCGUCUUGCCUCAUUCUCGCACUUAGCAGCUUCGUCUGGAUCUCGACAUUGCUCGUCCAUUUUAAAUGACAGACCUUAAUGGAUCAGUAUUUGGUGGGGAGUUUUUCUGAAGAACUGGAAUAUAGGAUUCUGGGAAUUCUCUCAUUUCCUGACCUAAUAAAGCAUCAUUGUGAGUGGAAAGAACUUUAUGGGAGUCAGCCUGAAAUAUCAGUAAAAUGUGCCUGAUCUGUUCCGCACAGCACAGGAAGCUCUCGGAAAGGAAACUUUUAAACAAGUGAGCAAUCUAUGUCGGAUCCGUAAGAUCACUACAUGGAGAAUCAAAGGGUCAAGCAGCCUUCAGUGGACAUGCCGAAGCCAUCAGAGUUACAGGAAAUGAAGAUCUAGGCCAUCUGGAUGUCACCAUGGCAGCCACAAACCUGGAGAACCAGCUGCAGAGUGCGCAGAAGAAUCUCUUGUUCCUGCAGCGGGAACACGCCAGCACUCUCAAGGGCCUGCACGCCGAGAUCCGGCGACUGCAGCGGCACUGCACAGAUUUAACAUAUGAGCUGACACUCAAAAGUUCAGAACAGACAGGAGACGGAUCUUCUAGAAGCAGCGAACUGAAGAAGAGAUGUGAGGAACUGGAAGCUCAGCUGAAAGCCAAGGAGAAGGAGACGCAGGAGCUGCUGAAGGAGCUGGAGCAGAAGGACGCGGCGGUCGCCGUGCUGGAGAGCACGGCCAGGGAGCGGGAGAAGAAGUACCUGGAGGAGCUGAAGGUCAAGAGCCACAAGCUGAGCCUGCUGUCCGGCGAGCUGGAGCAGCGCGCCGGCACCAUCGCCUACCUGACCUCCCAGCUGCACGCCACCAAGAGGAAGCUCCUCAGCUCCAGCGGCACCUCGGACGGCAGCCCGUCCGGGAGCCCGGUGCUGGCCAGCUACAAGCCAGCCCCCCCCAGAGACAAGCUGCCCGAGACGCCCCGCCGCCGGAUGAAAAAGAGCCUGUCUGCCCCGCUGCACCCCGAAUUCGAAGAGGUCUACAGAUUCGGGGCCGAGAGCCGGAAACUACUUUUGCGGGAACCAGUGGAUGCCAUGCCCGACCCCACCCCGUUCCUGCUGGCCAGGGAGUCGGCCGAGGUCCACGUCAUCAAGGAGAGGCCCCUGGUCAUCCCCCCCAUCGCGUCCGACCGCGGCGCGAGCGAGCAGCACAGC